AUGGAUUGGAUAGGCCCAAUUUUGGACAUUGCAACCCGCUUGUGGGAUGGCACGUCGAAGCAUAUAGCCAACAUUAUUCAUUUGAAAGAAAAUCUCAACUCCUUGAGAAAAGAAAUGAAUGAACUGAGGAGAGCUUAUGAAGAUGUAAGGAUUAAGGUGGAAGUUGCAGAGGAGCAAGAGAUGAGGCGUACGCGAACAAUUGAUGGCUGGCUUUCUGAAGUAGAAGCCAUGGAACAGGAUGUUGAUGAAAUUCUGAAAAAGGGUGAUAAAGAAAUCCAGAAGAAAUGUUUGGGAGGAUGUUGCCCCAGAAAUUGUAGAUCGAGUUACAAGCUUGGAAAGAGAGUAAGUGCAAAGCUAAACUCUGUCGUUGAGUUAAAAAAGAAAGGACUAGUUAUUGAUGUUGUGGCUAACACGCUGCCUCCAAGUCAAGUGGAGGACCAACCCAUGGAGCAGGCUAUUGGUGUAGACUCAACAUUUGCUAGUGUUUGCAAAUGCCCUGAAAACAAGAAAGUAAGAAUUAUUGGGAUUUAUGGAAUGGGGGGUGUCGGGAAGACAACCCUCAUGAAGAAAAUUAAUAACGAAUUCCUAAAGAUGAGACGUACUGAUGAGUUUCGCAUAGCGAUUUGGGUUGUGGUAUCAAAACCGCUAGAUGUGGAAAAAAUUCAACAAGCAAUUCUUAAUAGAUUAAAAGUCCAAGAGGACAAGGGGAGAACUAAAACCAAGGACCAGAAAGCUACACAAAUAUAUAAUAUCCUGAAAACAAAGAAGUACGUGUUGUUGUUGGAUGAUAUGUGGGAGCAACUUGAUCUCACGAAUGUUGGGGUCCCUUUUCCUGAUGACAAAAAUAAGUCCAAGGUGAUAUUUACGACUAGAUCAAAGGAAUUGUGUAGCCAAAUGGGCGCUGACCGGAAGUUUGAAAUGCAGUGUUUAAAGGGGAAAGAAGCAAUGACUUUAUUUAAGUCAAAGGUGGGCAAGGAGACCCUGAGCGCUCAUCCAGAUAUUGAGAUGCUUGCAGAACGAGUUGCUGGCGAAUGCAAGGGUUUGCCUCUUGCUCUCAUCACCAUUGGCAGAGCAAUGCUCGGUAAGAAGAAACCAGAGGAUUGGGAGAAAGCAAUACAAACGUUGAGGAAAUUUCCAUCGAAGUUUUCAGGUAUGGGGCGUCAUGUGUAUCCUAUAUUGAAAUUUAGUUACGAUAACUUGGAAAAUGAAACCAUAAAACUUUGUUUUAUUUAUUGUUCUAUAUUCCCGGAGGACUAUCAUAUGGAUAAAGAUGAUCUUAUCAAAUUUUGGAUUGGGGAAGGGUAUUUUGACGAGAUUGAGGAGGGUGAAGAAAUAAUAGAAAGUCUAAAAUCUGCAUGUUUAUUAAUGGUGCGUCCUAGAUUAGAGAGUCUGGAAGUAAAAGUGAGGAUGCAUGACGUUCUUCGUGACAUGGCUUUGUGGUUGGGUUGUGAUUGCGGGUCGAAGAAAAACAAAAUUUUGGUACAAGAAGAAGAUGUUACAAAAUGGGAGGAGGCAGAAAAGGUGCUCCAAUUAGAUGGAACUAAUUUACUGGAAAUAGUUGACGUGUCAUUGUGUCCAAAUUUGCGGACUUCAAUUCUUAGAGAUGCUAAACUAAAUGUCUUUCCUAAAAUUGGCCCUGCCUUGACUGUUUUGGACAGAUCACGUAAUCGGAAUAUAUCUGAGAUACCUUGUGGUAUAGGUGAGUUGGUUAACUUGCAGUAUCUUAAUCUGUCAAUGACAAGUAUUGAAAGGUUGCCGGUUGAGCUAAAGAAUUUGACAAAGUUGAGGUGUUUUAUAAUAAACACAAUGCUACGUAUGAAUGGAAUCAUACAAGGAGUGAUAGCAAAUUUUUCUUUCUUACGAGUGUUUGAAAUGCGAGAUCAUGAGCUUGCAUAUGAUUCUGAAUUCAUUUUGUUAGAAGAGUUGCAGUGCUUGAAGCACGUGGCAAUUACAGGGAUCACCAUAAAAGCACACUCAUCGGCUCAAAAAUUUCUUAGCUCCCUAAAGUUACAGAGCUGCACAAGGCAUCUACAUCUUUCAACUUGUGCAGGUAUGACCUCCCUCAAAUUACAAUCAAGCAUGAGGCUCUACGGACUUGUCAUAGAGGGUUGUAAUGAAUUAAAAGAGGUGGCAGUUGUGGUGACAAAUUCUGGAGAGGAGAAGGAAAAGGAAAAGGAUAAUCCAAGUAUUCAUUAUAUUAUGCAAAUGAGGGAUGAAUAUUAUUGCUUCCCCAACCUUCGUGAAGUAGUAAUUUCGUCAUGUCCGCUACUGGUGGACUUGACAUGGCUCAUUUAUAUUCCCAACCUUCAAAUUCUCUGCAUAGAUACGUGCAGGUCAAUUAAAGAAAUUAUACGCGGUGGCGGUGAAGGUUGUGACGAUGGAUCAGUGGCUGUUGACAGCUACAGAAACAAGGUAUUUUCAAGACUCAUAACUCUAAUGUUGUACAAUUUACCCAAGCUGAGGAGCAUCUAUGGGCAAUCCCUACCCUUGCCUUCCUUGACGGAUAUUUCUGUUAGAGGCUGCCAAAAUUUAAAGAGGCUCCCGCUACGAUAUUCCAAUACCACAAAGAACAGUAGCAGUGCUCUAAAGCGAAUAGAAGGACACCCAAGAUGGUGGAAUGCUUUGCGAUGGGAGGACGAAUCCACCAAGGCCCAUUUCAAACCAUAUUUCCAAAGACAGAUGAACAUUUUCUUCCGAUGGGGAACAACAUAUGGAGGACCACACUUUUCUACUAAACUGACAAUGAAUGAGAAGAUAAUUAAUAUUUUCGACAUCCUUAUUGCAGAGAAAACACAUAGUAGCCAGAUUCCAACCUCUAUUUUGAAGGUUAUCUAA